AUGGUUUUCUGGAGAGAAGUUGGCCUGCAAUUGCGCCGUGUGCCCAAGUCCGCCGAUAUCCUUGCUCAAUCGCGGAGACAUCUGAGCUCAAAGACAUGGUCCAACGGAAUCACAACACAGCGCAACACUGCACGCCGAAGCCUUCCACAAUGGCAAGGAUAUAAUACUACCCGUUCUUUCACUGCUACUGCGCAAGCCGCACACGGUCACAUCACGCCGCCAAAGGCCGGAGAAGAGAUCAACAUUACUUUUAUCGACAAGGAUGGCACCAAGAUCGACUUACAGGUUGCGGAGGGUGAUAAUCUGCUAGACAUUGCCCAGGCAAAUGAUCUUGAGAUGGAAGGUGCCUGCGGAGGAUCUUGCGCUUGCUCAACGUGCCAUGUGAUCGUCGAUGACCCGGAUACUUUUGAUAAAAUGGAAGAGCCCUCGGACGACGAGAACGACAUGUUGGACCUGGCCUUCGGACUCACCGAGACCUCUCGGCUGGGUUGUCAGGUCCUCAUGACCAAAGAGCUUGACGGAUUGGUCGUGCGAUUGCCGACCAUGACCCGGAAUUUGCAAGCAAGCGACUUCGAGUCGAAAUAA